AUGAUUAACAAUCGGAUCGUCUCCAGCGUCAUUCUUCAAGAAUCUGACGACAAAGAGUCUCUGGCCAUCAUGGGCUUUGAAGAUGACCUGGUCGGCGAGGAUGAUGCUGGAAAAUACACUGGGUCACGGCAAGGCAACAAUGCCAAUGUUAUUGAGGAUCGAUUCGCCACUUUCGAGGAGGACGCCUUCCUUCCGACCAGCGUUUCUCACUUGGAACGUUUUGACACCAUGGUCACCCAGUCCCUAUCUCCCGCCCUCGCCUCUGCUUACGUGGGCGACAUGCUGCGGUAUGACCCAUCUGCGUUGCAUCGCAUGGACGAGGAAGGCAAUUCCCUACUCAUGCUGGCCAUCGCCCAAGGCAAUUCAGUGCUGUGUGAAGCCAUCUUGAACAUCGACCCAAAUUUGAUCGAGGCUGUCAACGUGCAGUACCAAAACUGCCUUGCUCAAGCUGUCUUGCGCAACGACGAGGCACUGCUGGAUGUGUUUGAGCCUUUCACACAGUAUCAUCAUGUGGUGCACAUGGACAACUUUGGGUACACGGCGCUUCACUGGGCCCUCAUGUCUUGCAAUGAGACGCUUGUAAUGCGCCUUGCCAUCAUGCACCCAACAGCCCUCUUGAUCAAUACCAAUUUGCACGACUCGUGUUUGCACUUGGUCGUGCGGGAGGGUCGGGCCUCACUGCUAGCGCAGCUCUUAAACAAUCUGCACAGCGUGACCAUCCUGUUACUUAUGCGAACAGGUUCCUCGCAUGCUACGCCCCUGGAGCUAGCCACCAUCUUUGUGCAAGAGGAGUGCCGCAAACUUCUCGAGCCGGCUCUAAGCAGCAUACGCAAGCGCAACGAGACUGACAAAGUUUUGCAGAAGCGCCUAGCCAGCACGGCUCGCAUGCGCGUACUGCGUCAAACAUCGGACGUGGGUGACGAUAGCAGUUGAGGUGUCACUGGCAACCGUUUGGGCCUGAGCUGUAGCCACGGUGCUUCCUCGUCGCGCCUCAACCUUCAAUUUGUGUUUGUCUU